AUGGCAAUGGAUAGUAACGGCACAGCUUCACUGCCGAAAUGUUUUCCUAUGAAUGGGGGAAAUGGCACUUAUAGCUACUCAAACAACUCCAGUGUUCAGAGAGAAGCAUCGAUGACGGCGAAAGAAAUGAUUGAAGAGACAAUUGCUCACAAUCUUGACAUUGAAGAACUAGUUUCAUCUUCUUCAAACACAUUGCGGAUUGCAGAUUUAGGAUGUUCAGUUGGUCCAAACACUUACAUUUCCAUGCAACAGAUAAUAGAUGCCGUGGAAAGGCGCCUCGAAAUAAAAGGCUUCAGCAGUAGUAGUAGUACUGCUCAUUUGCUAGAAUUUCAAAUCUUUUUCAAUGAUCACAUCACAAAUGACUUUAACACUUUGUUCGCUUCGUUCUCUCCAGAGAAAAAGUACUUUGUUGCAGGUGUUCCGGGGUCUUUUCAUGGUCGGUUAUUCCCCGAGUCCUCAAUUCACAUUGUGCACUCUGCAUUUUCAUUGCACUGGCUUUCUGAGGUGCCUAAGGAGGUGCUGAUUAAAGACUCUCCUUCAUGGAACAAGGGGAAAAUUCUUUAUGUUACUGCAUCAGAUGAGGUGGUUGAAGCAUAUGCGGCACAGUUUGCUAAAGACAUGGAUUCCAUCUUGAAUGCCAGAGCAAAAGAGAUUGUUGUUGGAGGCAUAAUGCUUGCUCUCAUGCCAGCUUUCCCUGAUGAACCUCAUUGUUCAAAAGAUGUUUUUGGUUUCUUUUACGAUGCCCUCGCUUCCAGUCUCCUGGAUAUGGCGCAUGAGAGGAAGCUCUGGUGGAUUCUUUCAACAUACCUUUUUAUUUCACCUGUCCCAAAGAGAUGGAAGCUCUUGUUGAACGGGGGAAAUGGCACUUAUAGCUACUCAAACAACUCCAGUGUUCAGAGAGAAGCAUCGAUGACGGCGAAAGAAAUGAUUGAAGAGACAAUUGCUCACAAUCUUGACAUUGAAGAACUAGUUUCAUCUUCUUCAAACACAUUGCGGAUUGCAGAUUUAGGAUGUUCAGUUGGUCCAAACACUUACAUUUCCAUGCAACAGAUAAUAGAUGCCGUGGAAAGGCGCCUCGAAAUAAAAGGCUUCAGCAGUAGUAGUAAGAAAAAGUACUUUGUUGCAGGUGUUCCGGGGUCUUUUCAUGGUCGGUUAUUCCCCGAGUCCUCAAUUCACAUUGUGCACUCUGCAUUUUCAUUGCACUGGCUUUCUGAGGUGCCUAAGGAGGUGCUGAUUAAAGACUCUCCUUCAUGGAACAAGGGGAAAAUUCUUUAUGUUACUGCAUCAGAUGAGGUGGUUGAAGCAUAUGCGGCACAGUUUGCUAAAGACAUGGAUUCCAUCUUGAAUGCCAGAGCAAAAGAGAUUGUUGUUGGAGGCAUAAUGCUUGCUCUCAUGCCAGCUUUCCCUGAUGAACCUCAUUGUUCAAAAGAUGUUUUUGGUUUCUUUUACGAUGCCCUCGCUUCCAGUCUCCUGGAUAUGGCGCAUGAGGGAUUUAUAGAGGAAGCUCUGGUGGAUUCUUUCAACAUACCUUUUUAUUUCACCUGUCCCAAAGAGAUGGAAGCUCUUGUUGAAAAGAAUGGCUGCUUUACCACUCUGAGAAUGGAGUUGCUAGAGUAUGACACAGAAGUGAACGAACCACUUGAUACGAGUAAGCACGUCACGCACAUCAGAGCAGCCAUGGAGUGUCGAAUAACAGCACACUUUGGAGCUGGCCUGAUAGACGAACUGUUUGAUCGAUUUGAUAAAAAAGCUGCCAUCUGCAGAGAUGUUGAUGCAGAGCACAAGAAAGGAUUUCUGUUGUUCCUCGCUUUGCAGCGCAAAUAG